AUGGGUCUUUUCAGUAAAAGAAGCAGUUCGAAAUCGAACUCCCUUUCCUCGCCUGAUGUUAAUAAAAAAGGCUCUUCAACAUCCGUUAAUUCUUCCGUGAGAUCCCCAACAACACCUGGGUCGAAGAUGGGGUUUGCCAACGGCAAUGGCGCCUUGGAUACAAUUCCAGCAUCUAUGUCACUACCCCCACCGCCAAACCCACACGGAGACCCAGUCGCCUACCUGCGAAGUCUAUAUGCUGUUCGAGACCGGACAAAGUGCAUAAUGGAUGCAGCUCUUAAACAACAAUUGACAAAUUUCACUUUCGAUAAGACGAAGUGGGAGGAGACUGUCAGUUACGUAGUAUCGAUCAUCAAGAGAGACUAUGCGCCAGACUACCACACGAUUCCACCACAUGGACGAUGGCAACAUUUUGAAGUCGGUGGGAGGAAACGUGUCGACUUGCUAAUUACAACAUUUGGUCCCGAUGUAGAAGCUAUUGAAAAGACAAAGCGUCUGAUAGAUUUAUUCUUGAUUUCAGUACUGCUCGACGCCGGUGCUGGGACGAAAUGGGUCUACAAGUCGAAGGACAAUGGAAGAUUCUAUCGGAGAAGCGAAGGAUUAGCUGUUGCUAGUAUGGACAUGUUUAAGGAUGGCUUGUUCUCGAGUGAACCACAUAAUCCAUUCAGAGUAGACGGAUCGGCGCUGAAGCUUCUAAUGCCGGAUUCGCUGGCGAGAGGGCUACAAAUAACUGCCACAAACCCAAUCGAUGGUCUUCACGGAAGGGCGGGAUUGCUCAGAAAGCUAGGCCAGGCCUUGGAUAACAAAGAAUAUUUCGGCACCGAUAACAGGCCUGGGAAUAUGCUUGAUUACCUUUUGAAUCACUCGACUACCAAGGUUAUUGACGGGAAGCCCUACGUUUUAGUCACCACGCUCUGGACGGUGCUCUGCGAAGGUCUCACCCCAAUCUGGCCGCAGUCUCGAACACAACUCGACGGUUGUUCGCUCGGUGACGCCUGGCAAUGCAGCACGAUGCCUCCCGGGCAAUACUGGGAACGAAUAGUCCCUUUUCAUAAAAUUACCCAAUGGCUCACUUAUUCUCUAAUGGUCCCAAUGACGAAAUUGAUGGGCAUCCAGUGGAUUGGCGAGCAUCUUCUUACGGGGCUUCCAGAGUAUAGGAAUGGUGGCUUGUUUAUCGAUACCGGCCUAAUUACAUUGAAACCACAACAUACAAAGCGUGGCCUUGACGCUUAUCACGCCAAUAGCAAGAAGGAAGGGCAACCUAGCGUGGAAGUUGUUCCCAUGUUUUCGGCUGAAGACGACGUCAUUGUCGAAUGGAGGGCUCUUACGGUUCAGCUGCUUGAUAGGCUGCUGCCGGAAGUCAACGAGAUGCUAGGACUACAAGGACAUGACGCUUUAACCCUAGCGCAGAUGCUCGAGGGAGGAACUUGGAAGGGAGGACGAGAACUUGCAGAAGUAUCCCGGCCGAACACCAGGGAACCGCCAAUAAUGAUACUAUCCGACGGUACAGUCUUCUAA